CGCUCGAACCCAAUAAUUCGCCGUCCCAUCCUGGAAGAGGUCGUCCUCCUCGCAGCACGUGGCUCUCCCUGUCUCCCCACGUGCGCUGCGCACGAAGACGACCACCACCACCGCCGCCGAGAUGCCGCUGCGUUGCUCUCUCCUGACUCUGCUCGCAGCGCUGCUCGCGGUUCGCGGUUCGCGCCCGGGUUCGAGCAACGGGGACACGGAGUCGCGGGGACGGGCACGCGGUCCCGAGACGGAGGGAACCUCCGAGCGGCGUCAGCUGCCGAUGCGACUCUCGCCAAAUCGUGCUGGACAUCGGCUGCUCCACCUGCCCGGCUCGGGAGCCGAGUCUCAUCCGCGAGACAGCGAAAGAGAAGAAUGGGAAGAAGAACCCACGUGUCGAGAGGUGCGUAUCGCUCGACACGUGACCGAGGGCACAUGCGUCAGCGCGCGACCGCUCAAGCAAGUGCUGUGCUCGGGCCACUGCACCCCUUCACGACUCCUCUCCAACCUCGCCGUGGCCGCCGGCACUCGACCGCACCUCGACCGCGAUCGCCGCAGGCCCGCCUGGCGCUGCGUCCCGGGACAGACACGUGUCGCACGGGUGCCCCUGAACUGCCCUGGGGGUCACCGGAGGACGGCGAGGGUGAUGGUGGCCAGCGCGUGCCGAUGCAAGCGCGCGCAACGGCGGCACAACGAGUCUCGCUCCUGGUGGGAUCGCUUGGAUGGAGCUGCGGAGGGAGAACACGAGAACAGCUCGUGGAAGAAGCUGUCACAGAACUGCUUCUGA